GCCGUCUGCCCUCCCCUCCCCUCCCCCGCCCCGCUCGGGCUGUUUUUGUGGAAAGUUUCCGGCUCCUCCCGCCGUUGCAUCAUCUGCGAGUCGGGACUCUGGAGUCACGCGUACAGCAACGACGUAGACCAAAACAAACUUUUAAGCCGUCCGAGUCCAACGAAUAGUUUGGAAUUUGUACAAACUACCACGAAAACCAAACAGUUAAGACAUUUUUUGUCAAAACAGCAAAAUCAGGUGCGAUAUGAAAAGUCUCCAGACUUGAAGCCCAUCGAGCAUUCGUGAUGAACUGAACCAAAGCAAAGAAAGUUGGGAAGAAUUUUCUGGAGGAAAUGUCAUUUGCGUUGUACAAGCCCGAUUCCAAUGAAGUUGGGACGUUGCGUUAAGCAUCAAUAAAAACAGAAUCCAAUGAUUUGCAAAUCAUGUUCGACCUAUAUUUCAUUGAAGACACUAUAUUCAAUGUUCAAACUGAACAACUUGAUUGUUUUGAGCAAAUCAUCAUGAACUUGGAAUUGUAUGGCUGCAACACGUUCCAGAAGAGCUGGGACAGGCUCGUGCUUACCACCGUGUUCCAUCACCUUUUCUUUGAACAACAUUCAAUAAACAUUUGGGAACUGAGGACACUAAUUGUUGAAGCUUUGGAGGUGGAAUUCUUUCCCAUUCUUGCUCGAUGUACAGCUUCAGCUGUUCAACAGUCCGGGGUCUCCAUUUUCAAUGGGAGACAGGUCUGGACUGCAGGCAGGCCAGUCUAGCGCCCGCACUCUUUUACGACGAAGCCACGCUGUUGUAACACGUGCAGAAUGUGGUUUGGCAUUGUUUUGCUGAAAUAAGCAGGGGCGUCCCUGAAAACGACGUCGCUUGGAUGGCAGCAUGUGUUUCUCCAAAACCUGUAUGUACCUUUCAGCAUGAAUGAUGCCUUCACAAAUGUGUAACUUACCCAUGCGAUUGGCACUAACACAGCCCCAUAUCAUCACAGAUGAACUUUGCGUCCAUAACAGUCCGGAAGGUUCUUUUCCUCUUUGACCCGAAGGACACGACAUCCACAAUUUCCAAAAACAAUUUGAAAUGCGGACUCAUCGGACCACAGAACACUUUUCCACUUUGCGUCGAACCAUCUUAGAUGAGCUCGGGCCCGGAGAAGCCGGCGGCGUUUCUGGGUGUUGUUGAAAAAUGGCUUUUGCUUUGCAUAGUAGAGUUUCAAGUUGCACUUCCGGAUGUAGCGCCCAACUGUAUUUACUGACAUUGGUUUUCUGAAGUGUUCCUGAGCCCACGCGGUGAGAUCCUUGACACAUUGAUGUCGGUUUUUGAUGCAGUCCCGCACUUGUUGACAAAGAGGUGGAAUUGGGCUUGUACAAAGAUUGCCACGAGUGUGUUCAGCUGUUGUAUCUAAGGUCAAAAGUUGAGAACACUUUUUUGUUCAGAGGUUAAUUCCAUGAUUUCUUUUGUCACUUGAAUUGUUUGUUUUAUGAUUUUAUUUCUGAGUACAGUGUCGCAUUGAACUGCGUCAAUUUCCAUUAAAAACAAAUUGUCAAAUUUGGACUGCUUGGGUGUUUCCAUCCAGUCAGCCGUUCAUACACAAAGGAGAAAUGGCCGAUAAUUCAGCAAACAAAACGUAAUUGACAAUCGGUCAAAUUGUUACAUCCAUGAAAUAUAUGCUACACAUUAUUUGUAUACACACACACGCACUCGUGCAUAUAUACAUACGGACCCUUCUUUCUCCGUGUACCGAGUGAAAAGAGUUUUUGUGGGCCUUUUUCAAGCGCUUCUUUCGAUUUGAGCUGCAAACGCAAGCUGACGUCACACACGCUCGAUACACGCGCAUUUGUGCAGCCAGUCUACACGAAGUACACGAAGUACACAAAGUACACGUUCGGUUGACAGGAAGCGCUCAAGUCCACGUGUCCAAUUUUGCCACUCGCAACACAAUCAGACUUGCAUGAAUUUCAUGUUUUAUAAUGGAUUUGGUUCGGUCCUCUGUGAGAAUUGCUGCAUUGAGCCAACCUACUUACAUUUUUGGGUUCCCGUGUGCCGUUUGCGCACGUGUUUGACGCUUGUUAUAAACGUGCGUGACCUCAUUCAGCGUUUUUUUGGUCACGCUGGCCCUCAAACAUCCAACUGGAAUUCAUCAGCGGGGGGGGAAAAAAAACAGGGCAAGGUCACUGACAAGCGAUCUAAAGAUGCAACACAGCACAUUUGUUCUUUUGAACGCGAACUCAACUGUGCACGUUUGCGUGUGUGUACGCUCAAUGUUUGUGGGUCACAGCGGCGGGUCACACGAGAUAACAGCAGAUAAAACCCUUUGAAAAAAACCCAACAACUUUCGCAAUCCUACUUUGACAUGUUUGAGACACAGCAACGCGCGCACGCAAUGAAUGCAAUUCCCAAAUCUGGAGAUGGAUUUGGUGGCAAUGGAGCGGCACCCUCCCGCUCUCUUUGGCAGUUCGUUUGUCUUCAGUGCAGCUAACACGCUAACCCGUUUUUGGAAUGUGGGAGGAGCAGGGGACCAAAUUGCAGCCCAGCGUGUGAAAACCGCGUGCGAGGCAAACGCGGCCGCUCUCCGAGUUGGCGUCCAGCAGAUGGCGCUGUUCCCGCCCCGCACGCUGCAGUUCCGAACUUCCGACAGCAGGAAACAGGAGACGACGAAGAAGAGUCGACUUCGGAAGAUGUCGGCUGACACCAAGAUCGCCGAGCUGCUGACUGAACUCCAUCAGCUCAUCAAACACACGCAGGAGGAGCGGUCCCGUAGCGAACACAACCUGCUCAACAUCCACAAAACCCACGAGAGGAUGCAGACGGAAAACAAAACGUCGCCGUACUACCGCACCAAGCUGAGAGGACUUUACAUCACCGCCAAGGCGGACGCGGAGGCCGAGUGCGGGAUCCUUCGCCGCGCUCUGGACAAAAUUGCGGAGAUCAAGUCGUUGUUGGAGGAGCGAAGGAUCGCCGCCAAGAUGGCGGGCGUGUAUAGCGACAGCGACCCCCCCAGGAAGACCAUGCGGCGCGGCGUCCUCAUGACGCUCCUCCAGCAGUCGGCCAUGACGCUGCCGCUGUGGAUCGGCAAGCCCGGCGAGAGCCCGCCCCCUCUGUGCGGGGCCACGCCCGCCAGCGGCGACUACGUGGCCAAGCAGGGCGACAAGGUGGCGGCCCGGGUCAAGGCGGUGGACGGGGACGAGCAGUGGAUCCUGGCCGAAGUCGUCAGCUACAACCACGCCGCCAACAAGUACGAAGUGGACGACAUCGACGAAGAGGGCAAAGAGCGCCACACGCUGAGCCGCCGGCGCAUCAUCCCGCUGCCGCAGUGGAAGGCCAACCCCGAGACCGACCCCGAAGCGCUCUUCGGCAAGGACCAGCUGGUGCUCGCGCUCUACCCGCAGACCACCUGCUUCUACCGCGCCCUCAUCCACGCCCCGCCGCACAGGCCGCAGGACGACUACUCGGUGCUGUUUGAGGACACGUCGUACGCCGACGGAUACUCGCCGCCUCUCAACGUGGCUCAGCGCUACGUGGUCGCCUGCAAGGAGAACAAGAAGAAGUGAAAAGCGACGGUCACGUUUGGCCCAAGGCCACCUCGCAGAUCCUAUGGGCCUCAAGCAGCUAGCGGCCAACGAAGGAACGGGAUCCUACCGAAGGAAGCUGGUUUUUUUUUUUUUUUUUAAAAACAUCGAAAACUACUAAGACUGUAAAUAACGACAAAAGUGUAAUUAAAGAUUCCUCCCUUUCACACUC